GUAUUCAAAUCAAACAAACUAUCAAGACGAAGAGGACGAUUAUAGCAACAUCGAUGAAAAUGAAUCAAACCGUAUGAGCGAUGAGGCUUCUCCAAUGAUGAUGUCACCUUGGAACCAAAGCUGCCCUUUCCAACCAGCUUCAUGGUCCAAUACAAGCAGCCCGGAUCAGGACGGCCUCAUUGGGUCUUUGGUCCGGGAGGAAGGCCACAUUUACUCUCUUGCUGCGUUCCGUGGCCUUCUCUACACCGGAUCUGAUAGCAAAAACAUUCAUGGGUGGAAGAACAUGAAGAUGUUAACCACAUUUAAGUCCAAUAGCGGUCUUGUGAAAGCUAUUAUCAUAUCCGGUGACAAGAUUUUCACCGGACAUCAGGACGGGAAGGUUCGUGUUUGGAAAUCAAACACGAAAGACCCGAGAAUUCAUAAACGUAUUGGUACUUUUCCUACGUUUUUUGACAUCCUUAAAAGCUCCAUGAAGUCUAAAAAUUACGUUGAGGUGAAACGCAACCGUACAGCACUAUGGAUCAAGCACUGCGACGCGAUUUCAUGUCUAAGCAUAAAUGAAGAAGAAGGUUUGCUUUAUUCAGGAUCAUGGGACAGGACAUUCAAGGUAUGGAAAAUGUCCAACUCCAAGUGUCUAGAGUCCGUAAAGGCUCAUGAUGACGCGGUGAACUCGGUCGUCUCCACGGGAGAUAGCCUAGUGAUCACCGGGUCAGCCGAAGGGUCGGUCAAGGUAUGGAAACGAGAAGGAAAAGGUAAAAACAUGAAACAUAAGUACGUACAAACGUUACUAGACCAAGAAUGCGCCGUGACAUCUUUAGUUGUGUCGAAACAUGGUUCGUUUGUGUAUUGCGGGUCAUCAGACGGGAUAGUGAAUUUUUGGGAGCGUGAAAAACAGUUGUCACACGGGGGAGUGAUAAAGGGACAUAAAUUGGCGGUUUUAUGUCUUGCGGUUGCUGGGAAUUUAGUAUUUAGUGGCUCGGCUGAUAAAACUAUAUGUGUGUGGAAAAGAGAGGGAUGUACGCCUAUACAUACAUGUUUGUCGGUUUUGACAGGACAUACGGGGCCGGUCAAGUGCGUUGCGGUGGAGAAGGAAGGCGAGUCGAGUUCGGGUGGGAAAUGGGUUGUUUAUAGUGGUAGUUUGGAUAAAUCGGUUAAGGUAUGGAGUGUGUCCGAGAAUUCACCGGGCAUAAUGCAAAUGAAUGUUAGAUGUUGAUGUUUAAGUACGGACUUGUUGUGGGCCUUAGUUGUUGGUGGUUGGUUGAUUAUUGGUUGCUCAUGGUUUUUUGGUAUGAGUUCGUGGAUGGUUAAGAGUGGUGAUAGUGGGGCCUUGAUUGUAAUGUUAUUUAUGUAGUACUAUACUAGUGUGAAAAGUUCAAAUGAAGGUAGUAAAAGAACAUGAGAAAUGGAA